AGAUUCGUCAUUCUUCGGCGGAAGUAGUUCGUCCGUCAUUUUUGAUCGAAAUAUUUCAGUUUCACGAAUUUAUUAGGUUUUUUUCAUUUUUGGUUGUUAUUUAGUGCCAAAUUUUGAUAAUUAUAAUUGGAUAGCUUAUUCAAGUAUCCUGUUUGGUGAAUUAUUUGUGAGUCUUUGAGAAUGUCGGGUGAACCAGAAGUGACUCAAACUCCGGAAGGCGAGGAGGAGGAAGAAAUCAAGACCUCCUACAAGCCUCCUCCGGAGAAGACCAUCGAGGAGAUCCUGGCCGCGGACCAGGAGGACGAGUCCCUAAGGAAAUACAAGGAAGCCCUCCUCGGACAGGCUCAAACUGGGACCGUUAUUGUUGAUGCCAACGACCCCCGCAAGGUGAUUGUGAAGAAGCUUGCACUGUGCGUGGUGGGCCGCGACGACGUGGAGCUGGACCUGUCCGGGGACUUGACGGACCUUAAGAAACAGGUGUUCAUAAUAAAGGAGGGCGUCCAGUACCGGAUACGCAUCGACUUCAUCGUCCAGCGCGAGAUCGUGCACGGCCUCAAGUACGUGCAGAAGACCUACCGGAUGGGCGUGCCCGUGCCUGUGGACAAGAUGACCCACAUGGUCGGCUCGUACCCGCCGAAAACAGAGAUCCAAUCGUACACCACCCCGCCUGAAGACGCACCCUCGGGCAUGAUGGCUCGAGGCUCCUACACCGUGAACAGCCUCUUCACUGACGACGACAAGAACGUUCACCUGCAGUGGGAGUGGUGCUUCGAGAUCAAGAAGGACUGGAAGGACUAGGCGAGGAAACAGCUAAGGGUAUAGGUUGGUAGCUGCGUAGAGUCAUAAAGCUAAGGGCUUGCGAUGCGGGUGUGGUUUGAUUUGAAGAAGCAAUAUGGAUGUAAUGACUGAUACGGUUCUGUUAUGAUUCUUUGCGCAACUCCAAUCGGGGAUAAACAGUUUUGGAGUCGAAAUUUUGGCUGACUGAGUAUAUCGUGUACAAGCCGUGAUAAUAAGGAUGGGUUUUGUCAUUUGUUAUGAUUAUACCGUAGUGCCCCGCCACAGAUAGAGCACUUUGCGUCAGUAUGAAUUAGGGCGAAAUUAGAUUGUAAGUUUAAACUUUUAUACCCCUUCAGCCUUUUUGGAUCUCUUACAUAUGACCGUUUUAUCGGAAAUUAUUGUCAUUAAUAAACACUAACUAAUUUAAGUCCUAGAACGAUGAUAGAGUUUUUACUGUAACAGUUGACCAGUGCAAAUUAAUAAAUAACUGAGUACCAAUUACUAUCUUCUUAAAUACUAAGAUAAAGGUAUUUUUAUACUCAAAUAAAUGUCAGUAUUAGCUGGAAACUUGGCAAUAAUUUUGUAAUAACUAAUAUAAAUUUAUGAAGGAACGCGUUACCGUAAAUGUAUGCCAUUUAUAAUAAAUAUCAUAGAAUAUCUAGAACUCAUCUGAUUAAAGAUAAGCGUCUACCUAUCGGUACCGUACAUAUCGGCCCAAACGGAUUUUCUAAAAUGUAUGGAGAAACGGCUUCGGCAAUUCCGGUAAUGUGGACGCACUUGUGUGAAUUUCUAUACAAAGAAUACUGAAUGAGAUGCGUCCGUUGCAUGCGAUGCCAAAAGGUGGACGCUUACCUUAAAUGGGCUAGUAGAUUAUCCGAUCGCUACAGAAGGGGUAAUGCUUUAUAUCGAUUUGGAUCUAGAUCAGUCAGCUAGUUUUCGACUGUCAGGGAACUAGGAAUACAUCAAGUUCUCCCUGCAUUCCUAUUAAAUAGCAUUUGAAACCCAAUCUACUUGUAUGUCAUAAUAGGUACCAAAAUUAGUAUUAUAAAUAUCAUUAAGAUUACCUACUUCAACGGUGCACCAAAAUGAAAAGUAUAUUUUUACCAACAAAUGGUAUUUAUAUGAAAGUGCUUUUAAUAUGACGUUUAGUAUGUAUAUGACAUUCUCGAUUGUAACUAUAAUUUGUAUUUUCAUUCAAAGUAAAUAGUUAUUUCUAGUUUUAAUAAAGAACAUAUUUAAAAAACCUUGUUCGAAUACUCAAAAGGUUAUGCAUUUCAAUGAAUUUGGGCUGUAUGUUGUGGCUUGAGCAUUUAAAAUUACUUGUUUGUACUAAAAGAGGUGCUUCAGUGAUUGACCACUGGUGCUCUUGAAAAUUUUUAUACCAAUAAGGCUUCCCUUUUGUAUAAAUUCUAGAUUAGAUUCAAUUUUAAAAAUACGAUUUCCAUUGCAUUAUGUAUCAUGUGUUUAGUGCGCCCACAUCCUGAAUAUAUCGUUAGUACCUAUAUAACUUUUAAUGAUUCAAUUAUUACUCAUUAUGUAACUUACUUUUAUUAUAAAUAUUAAUAUAAACAAACAAUUUAAGCAACUUUUGUGCUCUGUGUUCCCGUUAAUGGAUUAGCCAUAUUAUAAUAUUAGUCACUAGUUUUGAUGGUAACCAUUCUCGUAAAUGUUUAAUGUAGAUUAUAUUUACAGUUUCACUAAUUACUAUAUUUUUAUGAACGGAUUUACUAUAACACAUAACUCUGUAAUAUUUUCAGUGUGUGGGUGGUAUCAUAAUAAUUAUGUUUUAUUCUGUUCAUGCUUAUAUUUUUUCUAUAAACUUUUAUUUUUUACGUAGGUAACUGUAGUAAUUGAAUUUUAUUGCAAUAGAAUGUAAAGAUUUAUCAAAAUGUAAUAGUUUGGCCAAAAAUAAAGCUUAUUUAUUCAGA